AUGAAUGGGUUGGUGGUGUACCAGGGGCUUCCUCGUCACCCAGUCAUCUUGUUUUCCCGACUGCUCGAGACAAUCUGCCAGAGGAAGCCAAUGGGGCCUACACUACCUUCGGCUGUGCUGGCUAAAGGGGCCUGGCUAGCUACGGGAUUUGUUUUUUUCCAACUUGAACAGGAACAUGAAGAAGCAGCUGAUGUGGUUCAGGUUUUGCCAUCCACAAGUUCCAAUGGAAAGCGAAAGUCGGAUCUUCAGGCUGAGUCCCUCAAAUGUUUCCCAGCAGCUAAAAGACGUUGUGACUCAGUACUUGACACCAGAAUAUUGUCUGAAGUGAGAGGCAUAAUGAAACAAAUCAAGGACCGUAUAAACGACAAAGAAGAACUUGGUGCUUUUAUAAAGAAUAAAAUCAGUGAUUUAGAGAUUAACAAGAGAGAGCUUGUUGGUGUCUUUGGAAGAACUGGGGCUGGAAAGAGCUCGUUAAUCAAUGCCAUCAUUGAUGAGAAGAAUCUUUUGCCCACUGGAAGUAUCAGCGCAUGCACCUCAGUCGUGAUUAAAGUGGAGGCUAACACACGUAGCUUAAAGUAUGAAGCGGAAAUUGAGUUCAUUAAAAAAGAGGAGUGGCAUGAUGAAUUAUGGUCACUGAAAACUUACAAGAAAGGUGAUGAUGACUAUCGGGACAUGGUUAAAAAGCUGUCAGCCCUGUAUGGAGAUGAAUGGAAAGACAAAUCCCCUGAAAACCUUUUAGAACCAAAGUAUUUCAAAAAUAUUCCAGAAUUUUUUGAGUCCAGGAGGAAAUCUUUGAAUUGUGACACAGCUCAAGAGCUAUCUCAAAAACUUCGUAUAUACACAAAGGGUGGACCAAAGCAGGACGAUGGAUAUAAAGCACAGCAGUGGUUUUGGCCACUAGUGAAAAGUGUGACUGUCAGGGUGCCGCACAAUGAGCUCCUCCAGCAUGUCACACUUGUGGACCUUCCUGGAAAUGGUGAUCGUAACAAGAGCAGGAACGAAAUGUGGAAACAGAUUGUUGUAGAUUGUUCUACUGUGUGGAUUGUGGCUGAAAUUACUCGAGCAGCAUCAGAAGUUGAAGCCUGGGAGAUCCUAAAAAGUGCACAUGGCCUCAUUGGAAAUGGUGGUCAAUGUCAGCAAAUCCACUUUAUCUGCACCAAGUCUGAUCCUGCAGAUGAUCGAGUUCCAAAAAACAAGGAAGCCAAGGAAGAAGUGAUGAACGAAUUCCAGGAACUGAGUGAGCAGUUCAGCGUUAAAGGUUUCAAAGUGUUCACAGUGAGUGCUGAUGAGUUCCUGAAAAGAAAACGUGUAAAAGAAGAUGACAAUGAAAUACCCAAACUUCAAGACUUCCUGCAAAAUCUCAACGACUGCCACUCUGAGACAAUAAACUAUGUGAAUGGAGCUUAUGGGAUUCUGUCUUUGAUUGAAGGUGCCAGGUGCAGCAAAGCGGGUGUUGGAAAAGCAGAUGAUGUAUGUAAAGUUCUCGAGAAAAACAUGACAGAACAACUUGAUCAAGUCAAAAGAGCAGUUGAUGAAGCGAUCAAGGAUUUUGAACAAUGUCUUACAGAAGGCAUUAAAAAUUCCAAAACUUCUGAAGAAAGACUGAAAUUUUUUUUGGACCGUGAUAAAGAGCCUGGUUUUUUCAAGACACUAGAGGCUGUGGUUUGGAAAUACGGCAUCCACCAAACAAAAAGAGGGGAACACAUAAAUCUCAACACAAUGUUAGCUUCAUGCUUGACUGACAGCAUUGAUGAAAAAUUCAGAAAGACCUUCCCAAAUGAUGUUAAAGGCGAAUCUUUCAAUGGAGUCAUCAGUAGAUUUUCACUUGAUACAAAAUCGCUGAUUCAAAAAUACCAAGAUGUCAAACUGCAGCUGAUAUUUCUCCAGACAGAGGAGGAUAAAAUUAAGGCAAAACUCAACAAAAUAAUCCUAAAGGGGAAGAAAAUCAUCUACAACAGUCUAACAGAGACAAUUGAGAAAAACAUGAAAAAGUGCUAUGAAGACGCACAAAAAAUUUCUGGAAAUGAUGCACUGAAAAAAAUGAGGAAGACUAUUGAGACACAUGUAUUCUUAAAUAGGAACAUUUAUGAGGACGCAAAAAAGACCACGAUGAAGAAGAUGAAUAAAUUGAUGACAAUCAUCUGUGAGGAACUGGAGGAAACCAUGGACCACUCCAUUAAACACUCACUCAAGGCAUCAGCUUUGAAUGAGAGUCUCCCAGAUGUUUCAGAGCAUCUUGAAACUGUGCAGCAACAUUACAAUGAAAUUAAGCACAGUCAAGAGGGAGAAAUGACAUCACAGUAACCAGAUUUGCUCCACACAGUAACAGCAGAAACCUGAUGACCCACUCAACAUCUCUAUGGGAACACUGACCAAAAGCAUGAGGUCUCUGGAUAUCACCACAGACAUUUCUGUUGUGUUGCUUGCUGUCUUUGAAUGUUGUGUUUGACUUUUAAUGAAUUUGGUGAAAUUAGAUUUUUCAGUCUUCACUGAGAGAAGGUCCUGGGUUUGAAUCCAGUUUGAGGCCUUUCUGUGUGGACUUUGCUUUUUCUUCCUGUGUCUGUGUGGGUGCUCUCUGUGUACUCCAACUUCUUCACACAGGCCAAAAACAUGCAUGGGGGUUAGGUUAAUUGGUGUUAUUAGUUUUGUAUUUUGUCAUUCAUUUUUAUUUUUCAUUUCUGUUUAGUUUCAAGACUUACAAUUUCAAUUUAUGU